AAAGUAAAACGGCACUUUCACAUUUGUCAAAUUUACGUGGAUUUGUUAAAGCGGAAGAGGGUAGUAGAGGUGGAUGGUGGUUACCUUUAUGGAAUCAAGAUGUUGAUGAUUUAGAAGGUUCGCUGGGAUCUCCUUUUAAUAGUAAUAAUGGUGAUGGCGAAGGUGGUCAUGAUAAUCACGAAAACAGUCGUGAUAGUGAUCGUGUUGUCGGUGAAGGAGGUGAAAACACUUCAAAAAGUACACCGCAAAAUGCACGAUCGGCAUCUCCAGAAAUAUCAACACCUGUAUUUGUUGUGCCAUCUUCAAAUGAAUCAAGUAGGCCUAAUUCUCCUCAGCAAUCUGCAACUACUCCAUUAACUAAUAAUCAGAAUUCUGAAGAACCUCUUAAAACCACAGUAUCAAAUAAUAACAUCGAUCCUCUUCUACAUCAAGAUACUUUUAAAGAUGUAAAUCUAGUAAAUGAUUAA